UUGGACCCGAGAAUAAACCGGCGGGCCUUCACGGAGGAGGAAGAGGAGGGACUGAUGGCGGCCCACCGGGCUUACGGCAACAAAUGGGCCUUGAUAGCCCGUCUUUUUCCGGGCCGUACGGACAAUGCAGUCAAGAACCACUGGCACGUCGUCAUGGCCCGAAAGUACCGGGAGCAGUCGACCGCCUGCCGCCGCCGGAAAAUGGGGCAGUUUGUUUUCAGGGCGGCGGAGGACGGCGAGGCUCCGGCGGCUCAGUUGGGCGCCGGUGGUGUAGGUGGUCAGGGGAGCAGGGGAUUAUUGUGGGAAACGCAGAGUUCUUCUAUUGGUUAUUAUCCAGGUAUUUACUACGUUAAGAAUGAAUGGGACAUGGAAACCAAUUCGUGUAACUAUUUGCAUUAUCCGCUUGCCAUCCAACGGUCAGAUUAUCAUCAUCCGCCUGAAUUUUUCGCAUCAAAGGCUCAGAAGGUUUGGCCCAUGGAAGUAUCAGCCGCAGAGGAUAAGAGCUCACCUCCUUUAAUAGACUUUCUGGGUGUUGGGGCUUUGUGAACAAAAAAAUGAAGUUGAAAGAGUGUAUUUAUUAUUAUUUUUUUGUGGUAAAUUAACUUCAAUGUGCCACGUCACUCACGCUCAUUUUUUGCAUCAUAAUUUUGGAGUUUAGCUCU